AUGGCAGCAGCAGGGACCCUGUCCCACACGCACACUUUGCCUACGUGGCUCUAUGCCGCCAUUAAUAAGUCCACGUCAUUGUCCCCAUCUUCCCUCCUUGACAGAAGUUCACUCUAUAAUAAAAUCCCAAGAAGCUUGAAAUUGACACAUUCAUUCUUUGAUUAUUACAGUAAUAGCACAGCCAUUCCCUUCCACUCAACUUUGAUUACUCCCCAACUUCAACAAAUGGCUGAUGCCACCAUCGAUGAUGCCCAGAAGCUUCGCCUCGAAUUCCUUGAUGUUCUUCGGAGCCGGCGAACCCAGGAAGUUCCUUUGACUGUGAUACCUGGGGAGCCCGUGAAGGAUCCAUUGAUUCAGGAAACUCCAAGGCCAGUCUUUAGUGCGGCUAUGGAGUCUUGUCCCAGAAAAGAGAUACCAGACUUCAAAGAACUACUCCAAGAGGAAAAUUUCUAUUUGACUACUGAGUCAGGUGAGCAGGGGCGCUUGCCCGUGCUGAUUCUGAGUCUCAAACAAAGUUCUCCGAAGAGAAGGCCUGCUGUUGUUUUUUUACACAGUACAAAUAAAUGCAAAGAGUGGGUACGACCAUUGCUUGAGGCAUAUGCUUCAAGAGGAUACAUAACAAUUGCUAUUGAUUCUCGUUAUCAUGGAGAACGAGCUAGCAGCAUGACCAUGUAUCGUGAUGCCCUUGUUUCGUCGUGGAAAUUAGGUGACACAAUGCCAUUCAUAUUUGAUACGGUAUGGGACUUGAUAAAACUAGCUGAGUACCUUACACAAAGGGAAGAUAUAGAUCCUUCCAGGAUAGGGAUCACUGGUGAAUCUCUUGGAGGAAUGCAUGCAUGGUUUGCUGGUGCUGUGGAUACUCGCUAUUCUGUGGUUGUACCUAUAAUUGGUGUCCAGGGCUUUAGGUGGGCUAUAGAACACGACAAGUGGCAAGCUCGAGUUGAUAGUAUCAAAGCUGUAUUUGAAGAAGCAAGGACUGAUUUAGGUAAAUCUGCAAUUGAUAAAGAAGUGGUUGAGAAGGUCUGGAACAGGAUUGCUCCGGGUCUAUCAUCUAAGUUUGAUUCGCCUUACACAGUGCCGAUAAUUGCACCACGUCCUCUGCUGAUCUUAAAUGGCCAAGACGAUCCUCGUUGCCCUAUUCAAGGGUUGGAAGUUCCCAGAUUAAAAGCACAAAAGGCUUAUGAAGAGGCCAAACAUAUUGACUACUAUGAGUUUAAAGCACAAGUAGGAAUUGGGCACCAAAUGACGCCUCUGAUGGUAAAAGAAGCAAGUAAUUGGUUUGACAGGUUCUUGUUGCCAUAA